AUGAGUGUUCAGUUAUAUCUGGUCACAUACAAUGUCCUACAAAUUUUGGGAUGGUCAGUUGUUCUCGUAAAGACAGUCCUCGGGCUUCUCAAUGGACUUUCCUGGCCAGAGCUCUACGAGUCAGUAGAGUUUGAACUGAAAAUCUUUCAAACCGCUGCUAUUCUUGAGGUGAUCCAUGCCGUUAUCGGACUCGUUCGCUCUCCAGUCGGCACCACCGCCAUGCAAGUGACUUCUCGUGUCGUUCUCGUUUGGCCAAUCCUUCACUUGUGCUCUACAGCUCGCUACAGCAUCGGAGUUCCACUUCUUCUUGUGGCCUGGUCCGUUACUGAAGUCAUUCGGUAUUCGUUCUAUGCUCUCAGCGUAUUGAAACAACCAAUUCCAUAUUUCCUUCUCUGGCUGAGAUACACCCUCUUCUACGUUCUCUACCCAAUGGGAGUAUCCGGAGAGCUUCUGACACUAUUUGCGUCUUUGAAAGAGGUCGAUGAGAAGAAGAUUCUGACUCUCGAGAUGCCAAAUCGUCUUAACAUGGGAAUUUCGUUCUGGUGGGUUCUCAUCAUCGCUGCUCUCACCUACAUUCCCGGAUUCCCACAACUGUAUUUCUACAUGAUCGGACAAAGAAAGAAGGUUCUCGGAGGAGGAAGCAAGAAGAAGCAGUAA